UCUGAGCUCUGCUGUGUGUGUCACAGACGAACAAAAUAACAAAAUAAAAUAAAACAGUGAAGGAAAAACGCUACAGACUAUGUGAUGCUGUAGGACUUUCUGAAACAUCUACUGGGGGUUCCUUGUGGAGUAUGAUCUUUUAAAAAGAAUUCUUUUUGAAGCUGGUUUGGGUAACUGGGAAAAUGAUACAUAUGCUAAAUGCAGCAGCUGAUCGAAUGAAAUGGACCAGAUCGGGUGCUGCUAAGAGGGCUGCCUGCCUGGUGGCUGCAGCAUAUGCACUGAAAACCCUCUAUCCCGUCAUUGGCAAGCGUUUAAAGCAAUCUGGCCACGGGAGGAAAAAAGAAGCUUACCCCGCUGCAGAGAACAGAGAAAUACUGCAUUGCACCGAGACCAUUUGUAAAAAACCUUCGCCUGGAGUGAAUGCAGAUUUUUUCAAACAGCUACUAGAACUUCGGAAAAUUCUCUUUCCCAAACUUGUGACCACUGAAACAGGGUGGCUCUGCCUCCACUCGGUGGCUCUAAUCUCAAGAACCUUUCUAUCUAUUUAUGUGGCUGGUCUGGAUGGAAAAAUCGUGAAAAGCAUUGUGGAAAAGAAGCCUCGGACUUUCAUCCUCAAAUUAAUCAAGUGGCUUAUGAUUGCCAUUCCUGCCACCUUUGUCAACAGUGCAAUAAGGUACCUGGAGUGCAAAUUGGCUUUGGCUUUCAGAACUCGACUAGUAGACCAUGCCUAUGAAACCUAUUUUACAAAUCAGACUUAUUAUAAGGUGAUCAAUAUGGAUGGGAGGCUGGCAAACCCUGACCAGUCUCUUACUGAGGAUAUUAUGAUGUUCUCCCAAUCUGUGGCUCACUUGUAUUCCAACCUGACCAAACCUAUUUUAGAUGUAAUCCUGACCUCCUAUACACUCAUCCAGACUGCUACGUCCAGAGGAGCAAGCCCAAUUGGACCCACCCUGUUAGCAGGACUUGUGGUGUAUGCCACUGCUAAAGUGUUGAAGGCUUGUUCUCCCAAAUUUGGUAAAUUGGUAGCUGAAGAAGCUCAUAGAAAAGGCUAUUUGCGGUAUGUGCACUCCAGAAUUAUAGCCAAUGUGGAAGAAAUUGCUUUUUACAGAGGACAUAAGGUAGAAAUGAAGCAACUCCAGAAGAGUUACAAAGCUUUAGCGGACCAGAUGAACCUUAUUUUAUCCAAACGUUUGUGGUACAUCAUGAUAGAGCAAUUCUUAAUGAAGUAUGUUUGGAGCAGCUGUGGACUAAUUAUGGUGGCUAUCCCUAUUAUCACUGCAACUGGCUUUGCAGAUGGUGAUCAAGAAGGUGGUCAGAAGCAAGCUAUGGUUAGUGAACGGACAGAAGCCUUUACCACUGCUCGAAAUUUAUUGGCUUCUGGAGCUGAUGCUAUUGAAAGGAUUAUGUCAUCUUACAAAGAGAUAACUGAAUUAGCAGGAUAUACUACUAGAGUGUACAAUAUGUUUUGGGUCUUCGAUGAAGUAAAAAGGGGCAUUUAUAAAAGAACUGCUGUCAUUCAAGAAUCUGAAAACCAUAGCAAGAAUGGUGCCAACAUAGAAUUACCCCUAACUGACACACGGGCAAUCAAAGGAAAAGUUAUUGAUGUGGAUCAUGGAAUUAUUUGUGAAAAUGUUCCCAUAAUUACUCCRGCUGGAGAAGUGGUGGCUUCCAGGCUAAACUUCAAAGUACAAGAAGGAAUGCAUCUUUUGAUAACUGGUCCCAAUGGCUGUGGGAAAAGUUCUCUCUUCAGAAUUUUAAGUGGGCUCUGGCCUGUGUAUGAAGGAGUCCUUUAUAAACCACCUCCUCAACAUAUGUUCUAUAUUCCACAGAGGCCAUAUAUGUCCCUUGGAAGUCUUCGAGAUCAAGUCAUUUAUCCUGACUCAGUGGAUGAUAUGCAUGCUAAAGGUUAUACAGAUCAAGAUUUGGAAUGUAUUCUACACAACGUCCAUCUCUAUCACAUAGUUCAAAGAGAAGGAGGAUGGGAUGCUGUUAUGGACUGGAAAGAUGUCUUGUCAGGAGGGGAAAAGCAAAGAAUGGGCAUGGCUCGUAUGUUUUAUCAUAAACCAAAAUAUGCAUUGCUGGAUGAAUGUACCAGUGCUGUCAGCAUUGAUGUUGAAGGAAAGAUAUUUCAGGCUGCAAAAGGGGCUGGAAUAUCCUUACUGUCUAUAACACAUAGGCCUUCUCUUUGGAAAUACCAUACUCAUUUAUUACAAUUUGAUGGUGAAGGAGGUUGGCGCUUUGAACAAUUGGAUACUGCUAUCCGUUUAACAUUGAGUGAAGAAAAACAAAAGCUAGAAUCUCAGCUAGCUGGAAUUCCCAAAAUGCAGCAGAGACUCAAUGAACUAUGUAAAAUUUUGGGAGAAGACUCAGUGCUGAAAACAAUCAAAAAUGAAGAUGAAAUAUCCUAAUUUAUUUUGACAUGUUUUUAGUUAAUUUUUUGGUAAAGGCUCAAGAGACACUAUUAUAGUGCAUGCACUGUGUUAARCUAAGCACAGAAAAAAACAAAGCCAGCAAGAAAUAUUUUAUAUUAUUUUAGCAUCAAGGAAGUAUAUAAUCUAACUUUUCAGAGGAAAAUAAACAAAUGUAUUAUGUAAGAUUAGUCAUUAUGACUUAUACUAAUUCCUAGUGGAAGCCUAAUUCACCUGCAAAACAAGAUUUUCUAGGUGAAUUCUUGAUGAAUAGAAUAAUACCAGAUUAUUCUGUAUGUCAUAUGUCUGAAGUUCUUAACAUGGAAAUAUCUUGGAAAUGAAGCAAUUUAAGAGCACCAUUUGGGUUGAUAUCAGGGACAUAAAAAUAGAGCAUUGAGAACCAUUUAAGUCCAUUCAUGAAUGAUAUACUAGGUUUAUUAGCUAGAAUUAAUUUACAUCAUUGCUAGAGGCCAACUAAACCUAUAUAAAAAUAGCUGACAGUUUAAUAAUUUGGGUAUGAAAAAAAAUUAUUUUAAUGGCAGUGGUUGAAAGAAAAAGGCAUGGCUAAAUAAGUAUAAAAUACCACAAUUCAAAAAUUUUAGGCUUUGAGCAUCUCAAUGCAAACAUAAAAAUUCUAAUCAGAGUCUUGCAUAUUUAAAAGAGAAUUGCCAAGACAAAAAAGGCAUAUCCAAAUGUUUGCCUCAUUCUGUUACUUUACUUGGCAGAAUAAUCUAUUACAAUUCUGUCCAGAAAUACUGUUUUUGUGUCCAAAGGAGGAAUCCAAAAUUUUAGAAAUGUGCUGUAAUAUAGAGAUUAUGAAAUUCACAAUAAUAUUAGCAAAUAUUGGAAUAAAAUACUUUAUAGUUCACAAUUCUCAUUUAUAUAAUUUCAUUUUAAUGUUUGUAGCAGUCUUUGAGACAUUAUUUUUUCUAUUUUCCUUUUAAGAAAAUUGACACUCAGAUUUACCUAAUCAUGUAAUUUACUUACAAACAGAUCCAGGAAACAAAGGAAGUUCUCCUGACUCUUCAAUCCAGUGUGAUUUACUACCAUUGUUCUUUAAAAUUCACAGGGCUAUAAUAUCAAUAAAAAUUAGGAGUGAGCUGUAGAUUGCAGGGAGUGGGACUUCAGCAGGGCAGGGGGUGAAAGCAAAAAAUACUAGAAAUAAAAUUUAGAUGAGAAAAGAAAAUAUGUUUUGUAAUGUUAUUAUUAUUUGGUAAUGGUUCAUAAGAAAUKAAAAUUAUCUGGAAAGGUCAUUGGUCURUGGUUUAAAAUGAGCCAAGGGAGGUAGCAAAUUUUUCAGCAACUGUGCUCUUACUCAAUAUUGAUAUACCUCCAAGACUUCAGCAAUUAGAAUGGCAGUUAGUAGUGUUUAGGUACUUUAAUAUUAUUGAAUAUAAUGACAAAUAAUCUACAUGGUUUAGUCAUUUGAAAUAGAUUCUUAUCUAUUGUGUGCCUUGGAAUUGGAAGUACAAGAGCCAGGACUGAUACUUUAAUCACUUGCUCUCUAUGCUACCAUGUUAAUGGGCCAUUAAAAAUUGGAAUGAUCAGUUGUUAGUGGCUUAGAAUUUUAUUUGCAUAUUUAGACACAGCCAUCAUGAAUGCCAAGUCAGUGAUUCUUAAGCUUUUAUAGGAGAUAGAAUACCAGGAAGUCAUAAAUGAUGAGAGGAUUGUUAUAGAACAUCAUAGCACUUCCACAUUUUUAGUUCUCCAUGAUAACUAGGACAUUUUAAAUUACAAUAAAUGUUCCCAUCUUACAUGAAAUAAUGCAACAUAAGAGUCAAAAUCAGUAUAUUUGUACAAGUUUUUCUUUUAGUAUCACUAACACUGAUUUAUUCAUUUAUCUAUUACUAGUAUCUUAUUAGAAAAGUGAGGCAGGUAUUAAAGAGUUUUUAGAAAAAGCAUAGAACAAAACUUAAUAAAAAUUAUUCCUUAGUCUUAAGAGCUAUAUUAGCAGAUAUCAGUUUAUACUGCUGUAAGGAGAAAACUUUGAGGCCAAUGACAUGUUAACUUUAAAAAUACAAAAAAGAAAAACUCUUAUUUGAAACAUGCAUAAAUUUUAUGCCUUAAUUUUCAUAAUUUAAAAAUUAAACACUUCAGACCUAAUAUUGUGUAUUUUGAAACUUUAUAAGAAUGCCAAUACAAACAUUAUACCUGAAGUUAAUCCUUACUUAAUAUAUGCUAACAUACUGAAAUAAAAAAGACUCAUUUAGUAUACAGAACUCAAGGAUGUUUCAAAUUCUUUAUUAAAAACUCCAUACAUUAUAGUUUAAAUGUUGAAGUUCUAAGAGAAACAGGUUUUCUGUGAGCUUUUUUGUGUGUGCCUAUAUAUAUAUUUUUAAUUCUUCCUCAGGACCAAUAAUAUCUAAUUUGGAGAGAAAAAAAUAUCUCAUGAAUUUGUAUUUAUAUACCAUUCAACUGUUUCCAAAUGGUCCUUUGGGUAUACCAUAUGAUUACUCUUCUUAUAGCUACAUUUUGUGAAAAACAUGAAGAAGAUUGAGGAACUCAAUAGCAUCUUUGAGUAUAACAAAUAACAGAUGAAGUAAGGGRAAAGAAAUAUUUCAAUUUUCAAGCUAUUUGCCCAAACUUUUGACUUAUCUUUAUUUUUAUUAAAAUAGACACCUAAUGAGCUUUAUUACAAAAUAUACAUUUKGGGGUUAACUUUUACUUGUGGAAAAUAAGCUUCAUCCUAUCAAAAUACCACAUUAUUUUUCUAUAGCAUAUAGUGUUAAGCCCRGCAUGAAUCUAAAAUAGUUUGUGCUCUUAUGAACAGGAUAAUGUCUAAAAAUCCUUUGAAUAAUCUUAAGGAGAAUGAUAUAUCUUGAAAAUAAACCCAAGUUUUCAUUGUUUACAGUGGAAAUGGUUUCCCCUUGAUAGUAAUUUGAUUUUUGUUUCAAAUAUAGUUAUUUCAGUAAGAGCAUAAAUGAACACGUGAGUUUYUGAAACAUUGGUUCCAAGUAUAAUUUCAUAUUUUGGCAGUAUGCUUAGCUUAUUACAAUAUUUGGAAUGAUUUUUGGAUUCCGUAAGCCUAAAAAAAUCUGUUACACAUUGGAAUCCAAAUCCAGAGAAUGUAGCAUACUUCUGAGAUGUGCAUAAAGUGAUAAGUUGUUAAAUUAUUUAGUAAAAGAGAUGCUUUGAAAUAAUUCUGAGAAAAAAAUGAUUCUCAUUCAAAAGUAUAAAUUACCUUCAAAUUUAUMCAUGGUAUUUAUAGUUCUGGUGAUAGAUAUCUGAAUAUGGUGAAUAUGUUUUGAAGUUGUAAAUCUAAUAUUUACCACACGAAAGCUUUCUGGUGGAUAUAUCAAAUAUUUUUAUUAAAAAGAAAUCCCUUCUUCAUUGUUGGUAGCUUUCCUCAUUACAAAAUACAGAGGGGAUUUAUAGUUUUUAUUGUGAAAUUUUCAAAACGACUUGGCCACUUAUCAGCUAAAGUUGUGUUAAUGAAAGUGAAUGAGAAAAAAAAUGUUCUAAUGGUAAAAAUCACUAUGUAGCUAAUCAAGAAUAUGGCUAUAUGUGAAUGCAUGGUAAUAGAGUCUCCAUCCAAUGUGUAGUUACUUAAGCUUAGCAUUUCUUGAGAAUUCCCUAAUUAUCAUGACAAAGCCUUGAUUCAUCAAAGGCUUUACAAAUUAUUCCAGUGAUAUAAAAUGCCCUAUUUCUGCUUUCACUGUCUGCUAUGAUAAUGUCUAAAUACACCUCAGGUACAAGAUCAUAUGGUGCAAAAUCUUGUGUAGUAUUAUGAAGAAGAGCCACCAAACAGUUGAUUAAAUAUUCAUUUACUUUAUUCAUUCAAAACAUUUAUGAUGUUCUGACUUAUGAAUAAACAAAAUGUGGUACUUGUAACAAGAGUACAGUCCACUGAAAAUUAAAAAAUGAGAACCUUCAGAAAAAUUCAAUAGCUACAAUUUUUAUUUACCAAGUAGGCACAAAGCAUCGCAUAUACACUGACUAAGUAAAUCUUCACAAAAUUUUAAUGAAAGAGAAAAGUGAGGCCAGAACAGUUAAAUAAUUUAUCCAACUUCACAUAACGUCCAAGUUACAGAGUGAAAUUUGAACCUAACAACAUUUGAUUACAAAGUCUAUGUAACUUCACAGCACCCCUUCUUAAUUAUUCUAGGCCAUUAUUCAUUAUUGCUGUUUUUAACUGAAAUUGUAAGUAUAAUUUUAACUGACUCGAGGUGUCUGGUUAGCAAACCAAUGCAUGUUUUUAUCUUAAAAGGAAAUUUACGUAGCACAACUUACAAUUGUUUUAUUACAAAUUAUGAAUGUCAUCCUAUGGAGCACGGAGGACAUAAGACAACUUUUCAAAUGUUUUGAGAAAGAAAUGUCUGAACUGAUUAUAAUUAAUUCACUCAGUUACACACACAUUCCAGUUACUAUACUUGGGAUUCAGAGAUGAGCAAGGCAUACCUGGUCUUAGAACUUGUGAAACACGUUACUAGAUCUGGAUUAAAUAUUGUAAGCCUGUUGGAUGUUGUAGUUCCACAUAAAUGUCAUAUUUGUUUUGUGAUAUGUUUUUAGUUCUUGUAUGUCAUGCCUAAGACCAUUCUGUUGAAACAUUUAAGCAAUAAACAUAUUCUGACUACAGGAUUUCCUUGAUUAUACACUGUGAGCUUCGUAACCCUCAUGCCCUCCAACUUGGUCUAAAUUACAGGACCAAAUAAAACCAGUUUGUAGGACUGUGUUAUCCUUCCACCAGUAUGUGCGUGGUCCCAUGCAUUUAAAUGCUGUCUUGAAACUUGAGAAAUACCAUCUUCUCAAGUUCAAACCAUGUAAAAUGAAACAACUUUGUACUUWCAAAAAUAUGUGUCUUAUGUUAACACAAA